UUGAGACGUUUGCUUUGAAGACGUUGUAAGUUACCUCUAUUCUAUUUCGCACGACAACGCAAGAACAAAUUCACAUCUCCGUAUACCGCCUAUUUCGCGUAUACGAGGACUGGAUGGUAAUAUCUAUGGCACGAACACUAUCAUUAUAUAUACAUCUAACUUCCAGCUCCCUCACGCCUUUCCCUCGAAUAUGUUCGUAAUCUCAAACAAUCCCAGUUGGUGGCCGUUAAUCGAUCGUAAUCGUGUUUACAGCUAUUUCGUAGUUGCCUCCUGUGUUGCGGUGAUAUAUGAUUGGGCACUGACAUUCGGACAAGAGGUUGAACUGAUCUGGAGGCAACGCUGGUCCUUUAUGACUCUUCUGUACUUUGGUGCGCGCUAUGCUGUAAUACCAUAUGCUGUCCUCAACAUACUGGUAACUCUUCCGACAGUCCCGCUGACAGAUACAGUGAGCCUUAUUGUGGACUUAGCACUAAAUUGGAUGGAUUUAGCCAUGAAUGUCAUGCUGGUUAUCAUGAUUGCUCGGUUACAUGCUAUGUAUCAGCGAUCGAGAAAGAUGCUUAUCUUUCUCAUUAUAAUCUUCCUGGCUGUCACCAUCGUCUGCGCAGCGAUCACCAUAAGAGACGACUUUGCUUCAGGGAUGGAACUCAUACUCUCUGGCACCUAUAUAUGCACUUAUGUGUAUACCGAUGGCGUUGGAGAAACCUACUGGAUUAGCAUCAUGCCUUGGGUACUCACCACUGUAUGGGAGGUCCUCGCACUGUGUCUUGCGGUCUGGAUUGCUGCAAGACACUUCUAUGGACUGCAUGGAUCAUCGACAGGAUGGGCCAUAGGGGGCUGGUUCACGGUGUUAGUACAACCUCAUGCAAUGUGAGCUCGUAAUUUGAAUACGGUUGUCUUUUACGCUGAGGUUCGGAAU